AUGGCUUUCUCAAUCCCACUCUUUUUCCUUCUCCUGGUUUCAUUUUUCUACUGUUCAUCUUCUUUAUCUUCAUUGUACAAGGGAUCCUCCCUCUCUGCAGAGAAACACUUAGAAGACGUUAUUGUCUCUGAAAAUGGAGUGUUCUCUGCUGGGUUUUUUAAAGUUGGAGAAAACGCAUACUCCUUCGCCAUAUGGUUCAACAACGACCCUCACAACAACAACACCGUUGUUUGGAUGGCAAACCGUGACCAACCCGUGACGAAGGUUCUCGAAGUUUCUCUCUUAAACAAUGGUAACAUUGUCUUGGUUGAUGCGGGUCAAUACUCGACUUGGUCAUCAGACACAGCAUCACAAGCCCCAUUAAAGUUGCAUCUCAGAGAUGAUGGUAACCUUGUGUUACGUGAGCUUCAAGGAACCGUUUUGUGGCAAAGUUUUGAUUUUCCAACUGAUACUCUUCUUCCUGGUCAAUCUCUUACCAGACACACACAACUUGUGUCUUCUAGAAGCAAGAGUAACCACUCUUCUGGUUUCUAUAAACUGUUUUUCGACGAUGACAACGUUCUUUGUCUUGUUUACGAUGGUCCUGAGGUGUCAAGCACGUAUUGGCCAGCCCCUUGGUUGCUACCUUGGCAAAAUGGAAGGUUUAAUUACAAUAGCAGCAGAGUUGCAAUGUUAGAUUCUCUUGGAAAUUUCGUUUCAUCAGAUAAUUAUACUUUUUCCACUAAUGAUCAUGGCAUGGUGAUGAAAAGGAGAUUAAAGAUGGAUUCUGAUGGUAAUGUUCGUGUCUAUAGUAGAAAUGAUACAUCAAAGAAAUGGUACGUUUCAUGGCAAGUCAUAACAGAUGCUUGUACUAUUCAUGGAACUUGUGGAGCUAACAGCACUUGCAGUUAUGAUCCUAAAAGGAGAAGGAGAUGCUCGUGUUUACCAGGGUACAAAGUAAAGAAUCAAAGUGAUUGGUCUUAUGGGUGUGAACCCGUGUUUGAUCUUACUUGCAAUAGAAGUGAGUCUACAUUUUUGGGGAUGCAUGGUGUCGAGUUUUAUGGUUAUGACAAUAAUUAUGUCGAAAACAGUACAUACACGAAUUGUGUGAAUUUAUGUUUACUAGAUUGUAACUGUAAAGGGUUUCAGUACAGAUAUGAUGGGGCCAAAGGGUUUAGCAACUGUUACACAAAGUUACAGUUGCUGAAUGGAAGGCGUUCACCUAGUUUUACAGGAAUAACUUACUUGCGAGUGCCUAACAGCAAUAACAUCUCCAAGGAAGAAUAUGUGAGUGGCAGUGAAAUUGAUCAUGUUUGUUCUGUGCAGCUUCACAGAGACUACGUUAGAAAGCUAUCAAGCCGUUUGGUGAGAUUUUUUCGGUGGCUGGCUACUGCAGUUGGAACUUUAGAAGUGUUUUGUUUUUCCAUGAUUUGGGGUUUCCUAAUUUGGAACCGUCAAAAGUCUGGUGCGAAUCAACAAGGUUACCAUCUUACUGUAGCAGGGUUCAGAAAAUUCAGUUAUUCUGAGUUGAAGAAGGCCACAAAGGGGUUCAGUGAAGAGAUUGGAAGGGGUGCAGGUGGGGUUGUAUACAAAGGACUUUUGUCAGAUCAAAGACAUGCAGCAAUAAAGAGACUCAAUGAAGCUAAACAAGGAGAAGGAGAAUUUCUUGCCGAAGUGAGCAUCAUUGGAAGGCUUAACCACAUGAACUUGAUUGAAAUGUGGGGAUAUUGUGCUGAGGGAAAGCAUAGGUUGUUGGUGUAUGAGUAUAUGGAAAAUGGUUCAUUGGCAGAAAAUCUCUCAUCUAGCAGCACACUUGAUUGGAGCAAGAGAUAUGAGAUUGCUCUUGGAACGGCUAGAGGUUUAGCUUAUCUACACGAAGAAUGUCUGGAAUGGAUUUUGCACUGCGACAUAAAGCCUCAAAACAUUCUUCUUGACGGUAACUAUCAACCCAAGGUAGCAGAUUUUGGCUUGUCUAAGUUACUGAACAGAGACAACCUUGAUAAUUCAAGCUUCUCAAUGAUAAGAGGAACUCGAGGUUAUAUGGCACCUGAGUGGCUUUACAAUUUACCAAUCACCUCCAAAGUGGAUGUUUACAGCUAUGGAAUUGUUCUCUUAGAGAUGAUAACUGGGAAGAGUCCAUCAAUGGAUGUUGAAACAGUUGAUGGAACAGAUGCAUACAAUGGGAGGCUGGUAACAUGGGUGAGAGAGAGAAAAAGGAGCACAUCUUGGGUGGAGCAAAUCAUGGAUCCUGCAAUUGGUCCACAUUAUGAUGCAAGUAAGAUGGAAAUUUUGGCCAGAGUUGCUUUGGACUGUGUAGAGGAAGACAAAGAAAUAAGACCCACCAUGAGGCAAGUGGUUGAGAUGCUGCAAAGCCACGACACUGAUGCUAUUCCUCAAUGA